AUGGCGGCCUCGCGACCAGCCAUGUCGGCGGCCUCUAAGGCCGAAAAGAAUGCUGAGGUAGUUAUGGGGACAAACAACAGCAGCAUUAUAUCCAAGCGAAGUGUCGAGAUGAUCUACUACCCCAAGCCCCAUUUCUUCCGCUACUUUGUUAAAAAGCCCCAGCGCCGAUCGCCGACCAUUAAUCGCGGAUACUGGCUGCGCAUGCAUGCAAUGGCCCAGACUGUACGGCAGUUCAUGGAAAACGCGCCAGCAGAUAAGCCGAAAUUCGUCUUGAACCUCGGAUGCGGAUAUGAUUCACUGCCUUUUGUGCUGCUUAGCGAGGAAAAGAAAUCGGGACAUGCCGGGAACACUAUCUUCGUCGAUAUCGACUAUGAGAAGCUCAUCCUUUACAAGAGGGAUACGAUCCGCAAAACCCGAGAGAUCACUGAAGUCCUUGGAGAUGUCGAGUUCGGCCAAGAUCAGGAUGCUAUCCAAAUCCGCAGCUCACAGUAUAUUGCUGUGGGGUGUGAUUUGAAAAACCUGAAGAAACUUGAUGAUGUGCUACGGACUAGCAUUCUCCCCGACUCUGAAUGCCCUGUUCUUUUUCUCGCCGAGAUGUCUUUGACCUAUAUGCCAAUCCCCUCUGCCAAUGCAGUCCUGAGUUGGGCUUCGCAAUUGACGAAUGACGUCCAAUUCUGCCUCCUUGAGAAAUACUUUCCAGAUGGACCUAACCACCCAUACGCGAAGGGAAUGAUGCUGCAUUAUGAGAACCUUAAAGCACCUUUGUUCUCAACCAAUGAAUACCCAUCGCUUGCUGAGCAGGAACAGCGCUUUAGAGAGUCCGGAUGGUCUCACGCACGAGCUCAAACUCUGUGGGAUCUUUGGUCCAAUAGUCCAUUUUUGGUCGACUCGGUACGGAUCGGGCUCGACUCGUGCGAGGCCUUUGAUGAAUGGGAAGAGUUGGCGCUCUUUGCUUCACACUUCUUCCUGCUCAUUGCAUCGACUAAGCCCGGCGGUUCACCAGGAACGACCGGGCUCGCCGGGGUGGCCAACGAAACGGAAGUUACCGAGGGAAAUGUCUCCCCUCAGUUUGUUCUGCAAGGGCCUCUUCCAACAGGCCAAGGUUGUGGACGACGGCGAUAUGGGGCCUGGCUGCCAGACGGCCCUCACACGAUCGGUCAUCAUGGAGGCCAGGGAGAACAAGCUCGACUCGCCACCACCGACUUGUAUUCUCGUUCUGACGUUGCGGAAACGGUUUCAUCAUUUCCAUCUCGUGAUAUCCCCACGAGGAUGUGCCAUACCAUCACUGCUCUGGGCAAGAAGGGCGACUGUAUCUUGAUUGGCGGCCGAGCCUCCCCUACCGCGCCUCUUAACGACUGCUGGCUACGACAGGAUAAUACCUGGUGCCAGGUUCACCCGUUGCCCGAGGCAAGAUUCCGACACAGCGCCACUGACGUCUCCCUGAGUGCUGUUUCAACCUCCAUCCUGGUCUAUGGAGGCAAAACCAAAAACAACACUAUCCUGGAGAGUUGGAUCCUGUGGAACGAUCAGGAUCAACAAGGCUGGCGGAAUGUCCGUGUUAUUGGCAGCAAGCCCGAGGCUCGCUUUGGAGCCUGCUUUGCAAAGACAAGUGCAAGUACCGGUGUAUUGUUUGGAGGAAUCGGAUACAAUGCAACCAUUCUCGAGGAUUUCUGGACCUGGAGUCUAUUGCGAUCGGACGACGGAUCUUUAGAAGUGGAACUAACGGACGUGACUAAAUACAUACGGACCUCCUCGCCGCAGCUCUUCCCCUACCUUAGUCGAUUUGGCGCCACGGUCAAUGCCACCUCGCAAGGCCUGGUAGUGGCUGGCGGCAUCAUACCACGCCGACUAAUCCCCGCCGCGAAAGAGAUCCUCUUGCUGGACUCGACCCACUUGGCAUCCACGACUCUGGCACAAUCGCACAACCCAAAUAUCAUCACUGCCAUUGGCCUUGGCGCUGCGUUCGCCGGUCCGAGGCCACUGCUCACCGGCCACGUCGCCUGCACGAUCGACUCUGAUCAUGUGCUUUUUGUGGGCGGUGGCGCCGUAUGUUUCCCAACCGGAACUGUCUGGACUGAGGGCGCCUGGAUUCUACAUCCAGCCGACUCCAACACUGAAAAUACAUGGGGUAUCGUAGCCCCGAAGAAGAAGGCCGCGGAGCCCAUCGCUCGCAAAGACUCCAUGCCAAUGCCACAGACAAAGCGCGCAACCCUUGAAGAAGGCCUGCCUCCAUCCCCAAUCCCCCGGGUCCGCAUCGAAUCCGCCGCACAGUUCGAGCAGAUCGUCGCCAAUGGCAAGCCCGUUGUGAUCGAGGGUGCUGACAUCGGGCCCUGCACUACCCGCUGGACAAAGGAAUACCUUGCAUGCACUGUCGGCGAGGAUCGCAAGGUUGUCGUGCACGAGGCUCAAUCGGAGCAGAUGAGCUUUCAGACUAAGAACUUCGCAUAUGUGACCAAGUGCUUUGGCUCUUUCUUGGACGAGGUUCAUGCAGGUGGCCGCCAGUAUCUCCGAUCUAUCUCGGCAGAACAGCCAUCCAAGAUGCCCGCGCAUUUGGAGAUGGAUUUUCCUACAUUGCAGGAUGACUUUAGGCUUCCCGACUGCAUGGCCAUGGUGACGGAGAAUGCGCAUAGUUCGCCGCUGCGAAUCUCUGGGCCGGUCACGAUGUGGCUUCAUUACGAUGUCAUGGCCAAUGUGCUCUGCCAAGUUCGCGGCGAGCGGCGCCUGAUCCUCUUCCCGCCCGACGACGUGCAGGCGCUGCACCUCCCACCCGGAGCAUCCAGCUCGCGCCUCGACAUCUUCGCGCACGCUGGACUGGAUACGGCGGCAGCGCGCAUUCCCGGCACACACCCGCAGGAGGCGAUUCUGCGCCCAGGCGAGAUCUUGUUCCUCCCGCCGCUGUGGUUACACACGGCGUGCUCGGCGGCCAGCGCGGUCAGCGUGGCCGUAAAUGUGUUCUUCCGCAACCUGGCCCAGGGCUAUGCGACGGGGCGCGAUGUCUACGGGAAUCGUGAUUUGCAGGCGUACGAGAAGGGGCGACUGGAUCUGCAGAAGGUCAAGAGGUCGUUUGCGGGCGUGCCGCCGGAUAUGGCGCGAUUUUACCUACGUCGGCUGGCGCAGGAGUUGCAAGAACUGGCGGACCAAUGA